UGCUCGUUGGACAGAGGUGAACACAUAGUACCGGAGCUGGUCUCCAACGCUGACUGGGAUUUGCUUUUAGCUUGGAUCGACCCUGCAGGCCGGGGAGUGCAUCGGCCUUCGAGUGGGAUUUUUACGUGCUGAGCUCAUAUUUUUAUAUUUUAAUAUCCUCCUUACCUGCUGCUGGCAGCGCAGGUUGAACCAGGGCAGGACUUCCUGAAAGAGAUAUAAACCAGAGGAACCGGAUUCACUCUGUGGGCUCAGAGGUCAUCCCACUGACCAACUGCGAGGCCGUGCACCAGCCAGCUGUCUCCAAGCCAGCAGACAACACUAUCCCCAGCGCAGCGGGGUCAUGGAGGAGUUGGAGGUCUGUUCCCUGCCUGGGGGACUCGCCAGUGUGAGGAAACAAUUUGAGACACAGGAAACUGCAUCAUCACACAAUGUUACCCAGUUCCAUUUCCAACACAGAAGUGUGCAGGAAAUAUCCAACUCGGAGGUGACGGUGUCGAGCAGCAGAAGCAGCAGGCAGGUCGUCCCAGGCAGUCAGCAGACCAAUUUCAACCAAGAAACGAUGGUGUCAUACAGCGACAAUAACUUGGCAUCCAGUUAUGAAAACCAUCAAGAUGAAACAGAAGAGGAGUUCCCCAGGUACACUACAAAAGAACUGAGAGAUCGCUUUGAAAAAACAAUAGAAGAGGCCGCUCCACAAAAAACAAUUAAGAUUGGACGUGAUAUCAAUCGAGCUAAGUGGUCCUCAAAUGUGACACAAAACAACACCGUGAUUAGAGAGGUGUAUGAGGCAUCCGCCACUGAGGAAGCAGAAGACACGUCGGCUGAAGUGAUGGAUUAUGAGGACUUUCCACCCCCGCCAGCUGAGGAUUCUGACUAUCUUCCACCCCCGCCUCCAGAUUUACUAGAAAUGCCAUCAGACAGUGAAGAUAUUCCAGCAUGCUAUUACUCACCUGAGCCUCCAGAACUGGUAAACCCCCCAAAACACCAACUCAACAAAGAGGCUUACUUCAAGCAGAGGGGUAUGUAUGAGCUGAAACGCCUUUACAAGCACAUUCACCCUGAGGUUCGUAAGAAUAUAGAGAAGGACUACUACAGUGAUUGUACCGAAACUGAGAACAACCAGUCAGAGAACCAAGAGUACAUGUAUGAGGAUGAUGGAGGUUGUCCCGAUGACGUCAACGAUGAAGAAUACGUGGACUGGGAGGAGAUUCUCCCCGGGGAGGUGCAGGCGAUGCGAUGGAUGUUUGAAAAUAAGCCUUUGGACACCAUUAAAGAUGAAACUCCUGAGGAUGAGGACGAUGACAACAACAAAAUAACUGAGCAGGAAAUGAUUCUUGGAAAAGAUGUGAGGCGUACAGCUUGGAUGUUUGAGACCAAGCCGAUGGACGAGCUGAGUUUGCACAAUGUCAACUCGACAGAAUAUAAAAACAAAUUCAACAAAUUUGAUAAAGGGGAUGUCCGUGCUGCGGCAUGGUUGUUUGAAACCCAGACAAUGGACACUUUAAAUAAAAUGCAUAAAGAGGAGGAUUUGACGAAAGAGGUUGUGUUCACAGAGGAGGAUGGAAAUGCCACCAUUUACAUGAUUGACAAUAAGUACAUGGAGAGCCUUGGCCACACCGAGACCAUCGACGAAAGCCACCUAUUGACUCUGAGGUCAGUCUUAGAGGAAAUUCAUGGAGAGGUGAAAACCGUCACGAGCACUUUUGACACUCAGUUUAAAUGCAUCAUCAUGGGACAAUCAAGCCAAAUGCUGGAGAUUAAGUCUGUGCGUAAAAUUGAAAGUGAAUUGGAGACGUCCAUUGCUUCACGUUGGCUUUUCGAUACCCAACCCCUGGACACGACAAACAGAGAACAAACAUCUUUGAAACUUGUGUGUAGUCUUUCCAUGGAGGAUAGCAAUAAGGGAGACUGGGGCAGGUGGUUGUUUGAGAUAAAGACAUUAGAUUCUGAGUGGGAAAGCUCAAAAAUGGAGAAGAAAGAGAUUUCUGGAGCUGACGUGCGCAAGCACUGUUUAGUGUUUGAAACCCAGCCAAUGGAUUCUCUGAAGGACGACUCCAAUGCGAGACCCCAGUCUAUUGAACAAAUUAUCGGGGGCAAUGUUAGAUCUGCCAGGCACUUUUUUGAAAGCAGCCCUCGAGCGGAGAGGAAGACCGGCCCUGAGGUCGGCAAACUUCAAAAGGCAACAGUAAAUGAAGAAAUGAAAGGGGAUGUGAGGCACCAAAAAUGGCGCUUUGAGAGUCAACCUCUAGAGCACAUAAGAGAGGAGAAGAAAGAGGUUACUCGCACUGUGAAUGUUGAGGACGACCUCACACAGGAGGAUGGCACAAGCUGCAGGGCAGAUGUUCGCAAGAACUGCUGGGUGUUUGAGACCCAGCCAAUGGAUACGUUAAAAGAUGAUUCAAACGCUCAGCCCCUGACAAAGGAGGACGUUAUUGCAGGUAACGUGAGAUCAGCCAGACAUUAUUUUGAAACGAACCCAGCUGAGGAGUUGAAGGAGCUCGCAGAGGUGGGCAAACUGAAGAAAACAGUCGCACUUGAUGAGGAGAGGGGUGAUGUCAGACAUCAGAAAUGGCGGUUUGAAAGCCAACCCCUGGAGCAGAUCAGACAGGAAAAGAAGGAACACAUCCGCACGAUCGACAUGGAAGAAAUUGAUAGAGUUGACGUCUCGAACUACAAGCAAAUCUUUGAGAGCACAGAUUUAAACUGGAGUGACGAAUCUCAAAAGAUUCUCAUAGAGGGUGUAACAUCUGGUUCUGUGAAAUCAAAUACAAACCUAUUUGAGUCCAGCUCUCUGUACGCCAUGCAAGACAGCUCAGGGCACUUCCAUGAGGUGAAAACAGUGCGGCGUGAAGAGGUUGUGAAAGGAGAUGUAACAACGUGCAAGUGGAUGUUUGAAACGCGACCGAUCGACCAGUUUGGUGAAAGCAUUGAAAAAUACCAAAUCAUCAAGGGCAUAUCCAAAGAAGAAAUAGAGUCUGGUGACGUUAAAACUGCAAAGUGGUUGUUUGAAACACAGCCUCUUGAUGCUAUUAAAUACUUCAGCAAUAUUGAAGAUGAAGAGGUUGCGGGGACAAGUAGAAAUGUUGACGUCAUGAAGGGCGAUGUGAAAACCUGCAAGUGGCUAUUUGAGACAAAACCAAUGGACGUCCUGUACGAAAGAGCGGAGUUAAAGGGUGAAAAUGAAUCUGAGGAAAUGAAAAAGGGAGACGUCAAAACCUGCUCAUGGCUUUUUGAGACACAAGCACUCGAUACUAUCCACAACGAGACGGAGACCAUUCUGAAAACAUGCACUGUCAAUCAAGAGGACAUUAGAGGAAAGGAUGUGACAACGGCUUGUUUUCUCUUUGAGACGGAGAAACUGGAGAACCUCACUGGGGAGGAGAAGGGCUCUUUUAAGCGCAUCACGGAGAUAGACAUUUCGUCUGGAGACGUGUCUGGUAUGAAGUACAUUUUUGAAAACCAAACAUCCGAUAUCAUGACUUCUACAUCUGGGGAAGCGAUGCAGAAGCUCAAGGCAGUUCAGACUGAGGACAUCCAAAGAGGAAAUGUGGUGAACUGCAAAUGGCUCUUUGAAAACCAAUCAAUAGAUACAAUACACGAUAGCAAGGAGGAGUUUGUGAGCUGCCGCACAGUGAACGAUGUACAAGGUGGAGACGUAGAUAAGGGGCGUUUCAUAUUUGAGAGAUACUCCUUAGAUGAAAUUCAGGAGACGGACAUAGAGCUGAUGAAAAUGCGGAAAAUUGUCCGUGACGAAGAUGAAAAAGGCGAUGUGAGGAAUUACACCAUGAUGUUUGAAAAUCAGCCCCUUUACGCUAUUCAGGACAAAGAGGGACUUUACCAUGAGGUCACCACUGUCACAAGCGAAGAAGUAACGCGAGGAGAUGUCGUCGGAACCCGAUGGAAGUUUGAAACCAAGCCCCUCGACGCCAUCAAGGACACCGAUGAGGUUUAUAUCAUUAAAUCUGUCACACAAGAGGACAUGCAGAAAGGGGACGUCACCAAUGCCAAGUGGAAAUUUGAGACACAACCUCUCGACAGGAUUGCUGCUGAAGAGAAGGCUUUCAUAAAAACGGUGGAUGACAUUCAGGGGGGCAACGUUAGGAUGAACAAAGAUCGCUUUGAGUCUGACGCACUGUCGCUGGAAUCUGUUAGAACAGUUAAUGUGAGCGAAAUACAAAAAGGCGACGUCAGGUCGGCGAAAUGGAGAUUUGAAACCCAGUCCAUUGAUAAAAUAAGAAGCAUGAGCUCUGAAAAUCUGAUUGAAACGGUUAAAAAGGAGGAGGUUGAAAAGGGAGACGUUAAACAUUCAGUAUGGCUCUUUGAGAAAAAUCCUCUUGACCACAUCAAAGAGGUCGAUGAAGACGGAGGUGCGACCAUCACAUCACAGGAGGAGGUUUCCAAAGCGGAUGUAAAGACAACAACGUGGCUCUUUGAAACGACACCGUUCGACGACUUUAAUGAGACAAAAAUGGAAAAGACCGAAAUCCUGGGCAAGAGUGUCAAGGGAACUCUUGAGGAACUUUAUAGUCAGGAAAUGGUGAAGUCGAAGGGGAUACUCAUUGAGGCUGAUGAAAUAGGCGACGUUAGGAUGGCAAAAUACCAGCUGAUGAAUAAGCAGGCUCCGGAAAUUCAACGAGAGGAUGUCAUCAGGGGAGAUCUGCAGACUAUUAUGAUGAACCUGCUGAACAGACAGGAAAGACAGGAGCAGCAGAUAGUCAUAGAUUCAGAAGAGAAAGGUAAUAUCAGUUCAACGGUGCAUCAACUAUUUAACCAAGAGAAAGACAGCAGUGUUGAAAGGGAGGAAAUAUUACGAGGUGACAUUCAGGAAGCGAUAAACAACCUUUUUGAUGAGAGCGGCUCAGCGAAACGUGGAAUACUCAUCCAGGAGGACGAGAAAGGAGACGUGCAGAUGACAUUAUAUUCCCUUCUCAAUAAACAAGAGAGUGUUAACGUUGAAAAAGAGGACAUUGUGAGAGGGGACAUAAAGAGCACUCUUCAAAGACUGUCCAGCUUUGACAAGUCAGAUCAGGAAGUGAAGAUAAGGGUACAUGAGGCUGAAAAAGGAAAUGUCAACUUUUACUCCACAUGCAUUGAAUCUGGGGCUCUGGACUAUCUUAAACAGCUCCACGUUGAACCUGAUGAGGAUCUGCCUGACAGAGUAGAAAAAGAGCAGAUAGUUGGAGGCGACAUCAAGCACACUAAACUUAUUCUUGGCCGUAAUCAAACGCAAAUUGAGCGUACAGUGGAGGAUGUUGUACCCGGUGAUGUUCACAACACGGUGAAAGUUUUCAUGUCAGAGCCAACCCUCUCAUUGGAAGGACUCCAAAGGGAGGAGAUAGUCAAAGGCGAUUUAAGAGCUGCUUUGAGCUCAUUGUCUGUUUCAGCAAAUCACACAGUUGUUGUAGAGAAAGAGGAGGUGGUGAAAGGCAACAUACCGAAAACCCUGCGGUGCCUGGAGAGGGCUCAAAAGCAAUACAAGGAGGUGGAGAAGCCGGAUAUCAUACCGGGGAAUAUCAAAGGGGCUCUGAGAUCUCUCGAGAAAUCAUCGACAUCCAGAGUCGAAGCUGUUGUCGAGGAUUUAGUUCCUGGAGAUGUGAGGGCCACACUGAAAUCUCUGGAGCUGGCAAAGCAAGCGGUGAGGGAAGUUGAAAAGGAAGAAAUUGUGAGGGGCGAUAUUCGCACAGCAAAGCAAAGUCUGCAUGACGCCUCCAGUGAGAGGAGGAUGUGUCAACAGGGAAUAGACGUUCAGGGAGACGUCAGAGGUACGAUUCAGCUCUUAAUGGAGCCUCCGCCUUCGCCGAGGAUGGAAAGGAGCCCGAGCCUCGAGCGUGAGGUAAAGGGCGAUGUGAAGAUGUCAAUUAAGUCAUUAUAUGAGAUGCACGAUCAGUCCCAGCUGGAGAAAGAAGAAGUGAUAAAGGGCGAUGUUAAAGGUACUAUUAAAUCACUGUUGGAAACAGCACAGCGGGAAGCUCCCAAAGUCAGACUUGGAUCAUACAGGAGAGUUCGAGUCAAGCAGAGCCCCCCAGUUAAAAACCUAAACACUGACGCACAGAGGAACAUACAGAAGAUAAAAACUGCUAAUUCAGUUGAGACAUCCACUCAAAAUCACUCCAUCUCUAAUGAAACUGUUAGUACAGUGUCAAGUUCUGUGGUGGAGCAUAAAACGAUUACCCAAAACCACGGCAUCAAAACAGUAAAGACAGAGUUUCGUAAUCUAAAGUCGAAGGGAAAGGGAAUGAAAAAAGUAGAUAAAACCAAAGUAAAAACUGAUGAUUACAUCCUAAAAACACAAGCGCCAGAGCCCGAUCUGCCUCUCCCACCCCCACCAGUGGCAGACGCUGAGCUUCCACCUCCGCCUCCUCCUCCCUCUGUUGUUUCUGACAUUGAUCACCUUCCUCCUCCACCACCGCCACUCACCACUGAGCAGGACUUCCUCCCACCUCCUCCAUCUCAACAAGAACUGGAAAGCAUGCCAGCACAGGCAAUCCAUCCUUCACCAGCCAAAGCGAAAAAGAUGACGGUCAAAAAAGUGAAAGCUCCCUUUUUACACCAGGUCCCGAAGCUGGAGCCUAAAGUGGAGUUUAGUAAAACACAACAGAUGGAAGUCACAUCGAAGACAGUGGUAGAGACGAGCCAAAACCAAUCGAAAACAACAACACAUUCAUCAAAAACAUGUGAAAGCCCUCUGCCGCCUCAGUCGCCACAACCACUAAAGAAAGUUUACAUUGCUCCUGUGAGAUUCACCCCUCCACCCUCUCCUCCACCUUCGAUGAGAGGGAAAAUGAGUAAAUUUAACACCCCAUUAAUAAAAGCAGAAGAAAAGUACCGGAAGGAAUACACCCCCCCAACCACUCCAACACCCAUUUACAUACAUGAUUCAGUUACUGCUGCUCUUGAAAUGCUCUCCACCGGUGAUACAGAGUGGUCAAAUAACAACGCGUCGGCAUUGAGCGUUCAUUCAGACUCCCUAUCAUGUGAUUUAUCCAAGCAUGUUGUAGUCUCAAAUACUACCCAGAGCAAUAUCAGCGCUAGCCACGAGAAAAUGCUCACAAAUUCAACUGUUAUGUCGUCUGCCAAACAGCAAAUUGUCUCUAAUGAGACUUCUGAGGUUGUCUCAGUUCAAAAGACCUCAUCUGUCUCAGCUGUUAAACAACAGAUGCAUAUGACUACACAGAAAACUGUAUCUGUUUCCUCCAAGCAGUCUGCUCAGUCCAUCAUGGACACAGUCCAGACCUCCAUGGACACAGUCCAGACCUCCAUCACUGACGUCGCAAAAACUGAAAACAUUACGGCCGAUAGAAAGAAGGAUUCUAAAAAUCAGAAAACAAUUUGCUCCAACACGUCUGAAUAUAAAAACGAAGAUGAAAUGCAUUCUGAUAAAAUCCAUAUGGAGGUAAAAUCAAACAAAUCACAAUCUGAGAAAAAGGACAAAAAUGUCAAAGGGUCCAAAUCACCACCACGUGACAACAAGAAGAAAACCGAUCAUCCUCCUACCAAUAGCCAAGAGAAAAUUUCUGAUCUGCCAAUGCAAACAGAAAAGGCGGCUGCCAAAACAAAUGGAAAAGCAGGCAAACCAAAUCAAAAGGUGAAAAAGAACAAGCAAGAAAAGCAAGUAGAGACGAGAACAUCCAGUGAGAGUGAGAGUGUUUCGAAAGAUGUCAAGAUGGAAGUGAAGGAAGCUACCGAGGUGAAAGUGAUCAGUGAAGCUAAAGAAGGAAAGACAGAGUUAAAGCAGGGGAUUAAGAAAGUUACUUCCUCUCCUGCUGCUGCCUCCGCGCCUGCUGUUACUGUUAGCAUAACUGACAGCCAAGCAGAAACUCCGACUCCAGCAAAGAAGAAAAAGAAGUCCAAAAAGUCUAAAGGGAAUGCACAGUCAGGUCAAGGUAAAGAGAUUUCCACAGAAUCAAAGAAAGACGUUAUAGAAACCAAGAAAACAACGUCUGAAGAAUCCCACCAAACUCAUGAAACAAUUGCAGUUUCCCAAAUUCAUCAAAGUAUAAAAGAAGAGCAGAUUCAAGUCAAGAGAGAAGUCAUUACCACAGAAAGCAAAGACGAUCAGAAUUUCCAGCAACAAAAAGCAGUUCAAAAGCAAGUCAAGGGAUCUCAAAAGAAGAAAGAAGUGACAGCUACUCAGCAGAGCGCAGAGAAACCGCCGGAAGAAAGCAGGGAUGUCCCAAUUACAGUGACAGGCGAGUCAGAGCGAAAUGAACGGGCAACGUCCACAGCAGGCAGAACAGAAGAAUCUCAGAGGCGAGAGGUCCAAGUGUUAAUCUCUCACAUCACAGAGAUACAGGGAGUUUCAGAAAAGACUGACUCUAAAUCUGUGAAGACUCUACUCAAUACUGCUCCAGAUUGGCUCAUGAGUCCGGAGAGAAAGUGUGAGCUGGAGGGAUCUGUGGCGGAAAGUGAUGCUCAGAAAAGUGAAGAAAUUAUUUCACGGGUGAGGAAACUAGCAGAGGAGAAACUAAUGCAUCUAGACGAUAAUGAGACAAUGGAGAAACACGAGUGUGAGACAGUUUCUGAGAAAUCUGUUUCUUGUGGGGCAACGCCGAGAAUAUCCAAGAUCAGUAUUGGUUCUGCCAAAAUUGAGAACCAAACAAAGAAGAAGACGUCCCGUGAAAUGCGGAAAGAAGAGGCGAGUCAGUGCAAGUCUGUCGACAUUCGGGCCUUCUCGCCGCUACUGAGGAUGCGUUCUCCCUCGCCGACAUUUAUCACCAUUGAAUCCACGCGACGAACUGACUCACCCCAGAGAGUUACUCCAUCGCCUACCCUGCUGCAUAGGCCGCCCACACCUCCCACACCGCCGCCACGCAGGUGUGACACCCCAACGUCACGCAGGUGUGACACCCCAACGUCGCGGCUCACUAGAAUCACACCCUCUCCGACUUUUGACAGAGCGGAAAAUUUGGCUCGACUCAAAGACACGAUGGCGAAACUCUCGCGUGGCGUCACGCCACCGCCGCUGCUUCCCCAACAAAUCUCGGAGAGGAAAUCUGAGAUUGUGGAAUCGCCGCCGUCGUUUCAUCGGCAAAUCAGAAUCGAGUCUCCACUUGUGGAGGCUACAGGGACGUCAAUUGCAGCAGAAAAGCCCAAAAAGAGUUUAUCUGUAGAGGCUCUGUGGGCGGACGUAAACUCUGCACAUGUAGAAGAAGAUCAAGCUAAUAUUUUAGAGGGUUUGAACGCCAAUGAAAUACAGUCUCACAUAUCAUUGUGUCAGAAUGACCCAGAUCUUAUUGAUGCUUCAGAUAUGUCAGAGUCGUCGUCUGUGUCUGUCAAAGAAAAGAGAGAGUUUUUUGAAGAAGCUCAAAAGGCUGAAAUUCAUAAGACCUAUGUGCGAAAGGAGCCCAUAGCUAUCCCUGAACGACUGGGCCCAGACAUGGAGGACUGUGAGGCAGAGAAUAAGAACAAAGAAAAGGAUGAGCUUCCCAGGGCCGACAUGUGUGGUCUUGUAAACAAAUUUGAGUCACCAGAAGAAAAAUCCUUUAUCAGAAAAGAGCUUAUUCCACUCACAGACUGGCUUUACAAUGACGCUGAAAGCCCAGAUUGUGACAAAGAGAAAGUAGACAUCCUGGAACUGGAAAUGGCAGCUUUUGACAUUCAGGCUAUUAAAAAUGUUUUUGAACUGGGUGAGCAAAGUUCCUCAUUCAGAGAGGAGAAAGGGGAUCAGGAGGAGACUGUGUCAAGUCUGAGUGAAACAACAGCAGACACUUCAAAGCGGGAAAGUCCUCAAGAGACAAAGAGAGGCUCACGGCAGAGCACCCCCCUCCCUCUUCAGAAAACUGAGGUAGAAACUGUGCCAGCAGAGCCAUCAGCCUUUUCUGAAACCAAAUCAAUCACAGAGCAUUUCUCAAAUGUUGAUGAGUUCGGUAACAAGGUCACCGGAACAAGGACAGCUGUCACUGAGCACUCGGAGAGCGCGUCGACCCAACGGGCUCCUUUUUCCUACGCUGAUGCAGUGAAAAGAAAAGCUGCAGAUGCGAAGCAAACAGAAACCGACGACGACGACGACGACGCCACUGACAUGUUGCUGAGCAAUUUCCACAAAACAUGGACAGAGAGUGAAUCCGUUUUCAAGAGUCUCGGCUACACGAUUUCUGAGGAGACAACAUCACAAGUUGUGUCACAUCAGACGAAGAUUGUCUCAUCUGGUUCGAGUUCCGAAGUCGGAGCUCUGCACAGUAUGUCGGAGGAGAGCUUAUCCGAUGGAUGCUCUGAUAGUGGACAAAAAAAAGUACCAUAAAUCCUGUUUCUGCUGUGAGCACUGCAGAAAUAAAUUAAGCCUAGGAAAUUACGUCUCUCUCCAUGGACACUUCUACUGUCUGCCCCAUUACAAACAACUCCUCAAGUCCAAAGGGAGCUAUGAUAAUGGAAUUGGGCAGAAACCUCCCGCAGGAAGUGGUGGACCUAUUCCCCCAGAUGAAACACUUGAAUGGAGAUAUUCCAUGAGCAGCCUAAGUUCAGCAGACAAAACACACAGCGGUGAAAACGAAACGGCAAAAAUGUGUGAUGAAAGCAAACCACACUCCAACAAAAUGUCUGUAGUUUGGCCCCCGCAGGCCGAUCCCCCGAAGAAAGCCUUUAAAA